UGAUUUUAAUUUGUUUUCGUGAGGACACAGCGGCUACUGGGGACCGCAAGUAUGGACCUUUUGUCCCUAUUUUCUGCAGCACUAUCCCCAAUCAAACCACUUUCCUAAUUCCUCCCUUCCUUUAGUCCCUUUUCAUCAGUGUUCAAUCUUGUUUCCAUUUCCCAUUUCUUUCUUUCUUAUCGCAUUUGAAAGCUCGUAGAAUCCCUUUCUCGCAAACUAGGUUGCUGCUUUCGCUUUCCCAUUUUGCCUUUUGUCUCAUUUUCCUGAUAGAUCUUCAAAGUUUAAACCCCGUUGUUUCACCUGUUGAAGUGAUGACGAUGAAGAAGCUCUGCUGCUAUGAGCUUUGCAUUUUCUGUUAUCUGUUGUGGGCUGCUCUUGUUUACUCAAAGCAUCAUGGAAACUCAGCAAACGAUCUUGUCAGCAUCAUCAACGAGAACCGAACAGCUUACAAGCUACCACGCCUAAAUGAGAGUGCCGGUCUCGGCUGCAUGGCCUUACAGUAUGUAGAACUAUGCAAAGGGAACUGCGCAGAGAACAAUGUGGUGAAUUGCAGGCCAUCAGAAGAUGACUUCACCGAAGUAUUCGCUCCGAAUUGUGGUGUAGAGCUCCCAACUCUCGGCACCAUAACGGGGCAAAUCGUAGGCUGCCAAAGGAAGUACGUAGAGCCACUAUUAGCUUUCUCCAAUGUUCUUGUUAAAGACAAGAAAUCUCUGUCUCUGCUGAGAAAUAAGUCACAUGCUGAGGUUGGAGUAGGCAUGGUUGGAGUUCAUAAAGGAUCAUUCUUUUGGUGCAUUUUGUUCAGCAAUGGUUUCACAAAUUCCACGUUUGUUCUUGAAAAUCGUGGUGCAGGGAUCAAGCAAAAAAUGGGGUGUUACAGUGGAAGCAAUACUACUUGCAGUGAGGGAGAGAAAAAUAGUGCUGAUUUUUUCUUGUUCUUUUUAUGUGUUACUGUACUCAGUUUGUUUUUGAAAAAGGUUUAAUGGCUUAUCUUUGGUAAUGCAAGUCACAAGAUGUUUGUUUAC